AUGCGACAUCCGUGCGAGGAAGAGGAUGGCCGCCUGGGAGGAGACAGGGAAUAUUGGAGGCGAGUCUCUUUCCGCCACCGUGAUACUCCAGAAAACAAUCCAGACACUCCUUUUGAAUUCACACCAGAGAACUUGAAGAGGGCAAAGGCAAUAAUUGGGAAUUACCCAUUGGGUCAUCAAGCAGCUGCAGUGAUUCCUUUGUUGGACCUUGCUCAAAGACAGCAUGGAUGGCUUCCUAUUUCUGCCAUGCACAAAGUGGGCGAGAUGCUUUCUGUGCCUCGUAUGCGUAUCUAUGAAGUCGCUACCUUCUACACCAUGUUUAAUAGGAAUCCAGUUGGGAAAUAUCACCUGCAAGUAUGUACAACAAGCCCCUGUUGGUUACGUGGCUCUGAUGAUAUAGUAAAUUGCAUUAAGAAAAAAUUGGGCAUUGAUGUUGGCCAGACAACUGAAGAUAAAAUUUUCACUCUCCAUGAAGUUGAAUGCCUUGGUGCUUGUGUCAAUGCUCCAAUGGUUCAGAUCAAUGAUGACUAUUAUGAAGAUCUGUCUGUGAAGGAUAUGGAAGAGAUCCUGGAUGACUUGAAGAGUGGAAGAAAGCCAAAACCUGGUCCCAGGAAUGGCCGAUAUGCUUCUGAGCCAUUGGCUGGGCUCACAUCCUUGAAAGAAGAACCAUAUGGACCUGGUUUCAAAGUGCGCAGUGAUCUCUGAGUGAUCAUCGCUUUCUCUCUUAUCUUGUGUUGCAUAUUAUGAAUCUAAAUGUGUAGAACUCAUUCAGAUGGAUACAAUAAAGUAAGAAUUGCUUGG